UCAUGGGUGACACGAAAACUGUUUGGCUUGAAAAAGAAGAAAUUGAUGAGGUUCAGGUUUACCCAUCCAGUGUGAAAAUAAAGGAAGAAUUGCAGGAGGAUGUGAAUCAAGAGACAGAAAGUGAUGGAGGAUCUUCAGUCCACAGGCCCCUAACCCAGCUUGCUGAAACUGAAAUAUAAUGUUCUAACUCUUUAAAAAUAAUGCAGAGGAAUCAGAAACUAUGACAUUUCCUGAAGAUCCAUUAAAAUUUGAGAAGCUUGAUUUCAAUAUGAAUGAAGGUCCAGAACUUAAUUUUCAUCUGGAUGCCUCUGAACACAAUCAUGUUGAAGUUCCAUUUGUACUACCAGUACCCACUCAUAUAAAGGAAGAUCCGGAGCUAAAUUUGGAAGCAGAAGAAACUGAGAAUAUUAUUGAUGCAUAUACGGAGUUCUGCAUUCGUGAAUGUGAUCCUGUGAGAAUUGAGAAAGAGAAGGAGGUAGCCCCAAGAAGAUGUGCACCAGACAGUACAUGGUCGAUUAACCCCAUCGGUGACCCUGGAGCCAUGUUACUGAAAGAAACAAGUCUGCAAGGAGUGACUACUGAUAAACUGGAAAUUGCUGCAGUGAAAUUGCCACAUUUUGUCAGAAUUGGUACUCAAACAGAAAUACAGGCACCUGUGCAGGUAUCUACACGGUGUGAUGUGAUAUUUUUCAUUCAUAAUAGCUUCAUACAGCCAGUAAUUAGUCGAGAGGAAUAUCAAUGUAGUAAAGUCUCAAAUUACUCUUGUAGCCUCCCACCCUGUGAAGUAAUGCGUGCUGAAGAACACCCACACAUAUUCGAUAUUUCUAAGAAAUCUCUUACUACAUGUGAUAAUUCCCAAAAUUCUGAGAUUAGGAAUAAAUCACUUGCUCAGCCAGGUUAUCUGUAUAAACGUUCUACAACACAUACAAGCGAGACAUCACUCACUUCUGUUAUUUGUGGGAGACACUUUGCUAAGCCUGCUCAUCUGAAAAGGCAGUCAUUAAUACGUACUCAUGAAUGUGAUGUUUGUGGGAAAUCUUUUGCAGACUCUAGUCAUCUAAAGAGACACAUGUUACAUCAUAGUGGCAAGAAACCACACAAAUGUGAAGUUUGUCAGAAAACCUUUAGUAUGUACAGUAGUCUCAAGAGGCAUGUUUUAUUACAUACGGGCGAACGACCAUAUAAAUGCAAUAUUUGUGGGAGAUCAUUUAUUGACUCUGGUACUCUCUAUAAGCAUUCCAUAAUACAUACAGGCGAUGGGAAACACAAAUGUGAUGUUUGUGGUAAGAGCUAUCUGUACGCCUGUUUCCUCAAGAAGCAUAUAUUAACACACACCGGCGAAAAACCACACAUGUGUAAUAUUUGCGGGAAAUCUUUUAUCGAAUCUUGCAAUCUCAAACCCCACAAAUUAAUUCAUUCUGCCGAGAGGCCACACACAUGUGAUGUUUGUGGGAAAUCCUUUAAGGUGUUUAGGCGUCUGAAGAUGCAUAAAUUUAUACAUACUGGGGUGAGGCCGUACAGAUGUGAAGAUUGUGGUAGUUCGUUUACUCACCGUAGUUGUCUUAAAACGCAUAUCUUAAUUCAUACUGGGGAGAAACCACACAAAUGUCUGAUUUGUGGAAAAUCGUUUACCACGUCUGGUAUUCUCAAAACACAUUCAUUAAUUCAUAGUGGCGAAAGACCACAUAAAUGUAAUGUUUGUGAGAAAGCUUUUACUACUGCUGGUAAUCUCAGAAAGCAUUCAUUGAUUCAUAGUGGUGAGCGACCUCACAAAUGUGAUAGUUGUGGGAAAUCCUUCACAGAAGCUGGUCAUCUGAAGAGACACGUUGCAACACAUACUGACUAAAAAUAAUGUUCAUGUGCUGUUGGUUGGUAAGUUCAACUUUAAUCUGCCAAUUUCAUGUAGAAUACAAUAACACCUCUUAGUGAGAGACCAGACAGUAGCUAAGCAUGGUGAAAAGGAGUCUCAGAAACAAUAGUUGUUUUAAUGGCAGAUUGCAUACUGAUAUCAGAUAGUCUAGAGAUCAGUACUCAUUUUAAGAACUGAAACAUAGUAUUCAAUGCAGGGCCUGUAUUGAGGCCUGUAAUUUAUGUGAUAAUGCAGUUGAAAAUUAGGCCAGGAGUUUUUUGAAAUACGUUUUGUUAAUAGUUUUCUGAAUUGUAAUUUCUAAAUGAUGAUUGCAUUAAUGUAUAUAAUGUUAAACAGAGAGAUCUAGGUGCUGUUUGUAAUUAGUCAUAAAUCUUA